AUGCGAUUCUCACCCUUCUUCUCAACCAUCGUCUACACCUUCUCCAACCUCACCCGCGCCCGCGCCCCGCAGCUCGCCGCAGUCCAGCAACCCUUCGUCACGCGUCCCUUGCGCGCUUCUAUGCCGACCGUCCCCUUCCUGGGCGCUUUAUUCGGCUCGUCUUCUUCUUCCCAGGACAAGAUGUCGUAUCCCGAUAAGAGGAGCGAUGAUGAGUGGAGGGCUGUUCUGAACAAGGAACAAUUCCGCAUCCUCCGCCAAAAGGGCACGGAGCCCCCCGGCUCCGGCACCUACGACAAGCACUACCCGUCCGAGGGCGUGUACGCCUGCGCGGGGUGCUCGGCGCCGCUGUACAAGGCGAACCACAAGUUCAAGUCCGGGUGCGGGUGGCCGGCGUACUUCGACUCGCUUCCGGGGGCCGUGGUCAGGCACGAGGACCGGACGAUGGGGAUGGCGAGGACGGAGAUCGUGUGCGCCAACUGCGGCGGGCACCUGGGCCACGUGUUCAAGGGGGAGGGGUUCGACACGCCCACCGACGAGAGGCAUUGCGUCAACAGUGUUAGUCUGACGUUCUCUCCGGAGGAGGGCAAGGGCGAGGCGAAGGAGAGUAAGGCUUGA